AUGCCAGGCAUGGCGAGAUGGGCGCUGGCUGUUCUAGUGGUCGGAAUGGCGGGAGGACUCAGCGAAGAGGAUGCAGGCAUUGAGUUGUACCUCAAACAAGCUGACACAUUCAUCUCGGAGCCAGUCAGUUCCAAGAAAGCAUGCUUCGUGGAGUCCUCGGAGUGCAGGCAGUCAGGCUCGCACUGGGAGCCGACGAGACCAGUCGUCAUGGUGUUUGCACCUAGGGGAAAGGAGCGCAUGGUAUUGGGCUUGCUGGAAUCCUGCAAGAGGCAGGAUGUGGUCUUCAGGAUCCUGGCAGAGGAUGGUGCUGUGGUUGGAUUCGAGCUUGAGAAGCUCAUGAGGCACAAGGAGAUCAGCGUCGAGACAGUACACCUCAACAUGUCAGAACCUCAAGAGAUUAUGAGGUCAGUUGAGAGAAGCUUCCAGCAGCUCCUGCACUACCUGCCAAGUUGUUCGAUCCAGGGGUCUGAGGCCGCCAUUGCGGGGGGAGUCUGCCGGGCAGUGAGAGCUUGCCUAGCAGGAGCGCGAGAGGAGCUGAAGGGGCUGGGAGGAAACGGAGGGGGCGAUGUAGAGCAAGGUUGUGUUUGCCGCGUUAUGGCGCAACUUUGGGACAAGAUUGGAAGGGAGCGAAGGAAGUACCAGCAGCACGAGUCUGAUGGGACGCGGGACGUUGCCGCGAGGGAGGUGGAAGACAGACGUAGGGAUCGCGGUAGCAAAUGCGGCAAGAGGGAGGACGCGGUGGUAGUCAUCCCAGUCGUCUACAGUCAGCCGGAGAUGCUGAGGACGCAGGUUAUCACGUUCAGGAAGCAUUUGCUAGACGAGCUGGAAUUGUUUGUAGUGAUCGAUGCGUCAGAUGACAGCAUGAGUGGGGCUGGAGCACAACUGGAGGACGUCUGCAAGGAGAUGGGAGUGCGGUACAUGGCAUAUGGCAUCCUGGAUUCAUGGGGCGGACUUGUGAUGCUGACUGAGCAAGACGUGUUUCUGGUCAAGGCAAUCAGCCUCCGCGAGCUCGUGAGAAACGACCGCAAGCUGCCGGAUAAGAAAAGAGGGAGGGAAGUAGAAUCACAAGAGACCUUCGAUGUUUCAGCAGCAGGAGCAGGAGCAGGAGCAGGAGCAGGAGCAGAUGGUGAUGGAGGAGAGUCUGACGUUGCUCCUUUCAUAGCGGGCUAUCUGCAGGCAUAUCAAAAUUUCCUUUCCUUCUUGCCUUAG